GAUCUCGCAGUUGUCAAAUUCUCUACGACAAUAUUUGUUAAUAUAAUUUUGCACGAUGAGAAAGUUUGCCGCGAUAUUUGUAGUUUUCUUUGUACAAUGCACGCAUUUGUAUUCCCUUGCACAGGCACGUGCCGAGCCUGAUCCGGGGGUUGUAGAGUAUUUGAAACAGUCCUGUGUCUACGGUAAUUCUAGCUACAUUAACGUAUACUUGUACAACAGUCGUUUCCAGGGCAAAAAUCUCGGGAACCAACAGAGCUGCCAGGAUAUUAAUGCAUCACUACCGGUCGUCUUCAUAACUCAUGGCUUCACCAGUUCUGCACAAGUAUCUACAUUUAAAGAUCUGGCAAAUGCAUUUGUACAGAAAGGUCAUACAGCAUUUAUAGUAGAUUGGUCUGAGGCAGCUUGCACUGAUGGACUGCCCGGUGUUCAAUUUGCCGAGUAUAAUGCGGCGGCAUCGAACACUUAUGAUAUCGGUCAACUUAUGGCAAAAUAUACCGUUGAUUUGAUGAACAAGUGUAAAAUUCCAUUGAAUAAUAUCCAAUAUGUAGGUCACAGUCUUGGCUCACACGUGUGCGGCUUCGCUGCAAAACAUGUUAAAAAAUUGAUAAACAAAACUAUGCCGUAUAUCUUAGCACUCGAUCCUGCUGAUCCUUCCUUCGGUAGCAAUAAGUGCGGGGAGAGAAUCUGCAAGAGUGAUGCCAAACGUAUAGUAGUUUUUAAGACGUCGAUUCUCGGAAUAGGGGAGAAUAUUAUAGGCCACCUCCUCAUAGUGUUCGAUGGUGGGAAAUCGCAACCGGCUUGUUCAUGGUAUGACGUUCCUUGCUCACACAGCGAAAGUAUCGUAUAUGCAACCGGGAUGGUGAGUGGUAGAUGUCAACACCUUGCUGUUCCUUGGACAGCUCAGCAGAGAAUCAACCCAAUUCAAUGGAAAUUCUGGAGAGUUUUCACAUCAAAUAUACCCGCUUAUCCUACCUCUGACACAACGAAUUGUGUAGUUUUGAACACCAAUGUAUUUAAGAAUGACAAUACUUUCGAAGGAGAAUACCACGCUUUUCCUGACUGUGCACGUAAUCUAUUUAAGUGCAGGCAGCAAUAACUGCAAGCCGUGAAUUGAAAAUAUCUCAUUAUAACAGAAAUAAAGUUUUAUAAUGGACAACUGUAA